UAAAUCCGCGAAUUUUUUGUUUGUUUUAAAAUUAGUAUAAACUAAGUGUAGCAUUGCUUUCAUAGAAAAGUUUUCAAACAAAAACAGUAUUCUGACGGUGCGAUUAAAUAUGGAAUCAAGAGUGCGAGCAAGUCCCGAGCAAAUGACAACGAUGCUUGAAUAUAUGGAAACUCAUGGUGACCUGGCGAGGCCUCUUGCUGGUCCACAAGGUCGGGUACGGUUAGACCGGCUCUGGACUGAACUGGCCAAUAUGUUAAAUGCUGUUGGUGGUGGUGUCAGCAAGACUACAAACAAGUGGAAAAAAGUGUGGGCUGAUUGGAAAUCCAAAACAAAAAAAAAAGCUUUAGCCAUAAGGCAUCAUGCAAGAGGGACGGGAGGUGGGCCAGCAUGCAAUCAAGCAUUGUCAGCAAGUGAUGAGAGAGUGCUGGCCAUAAUGGGUGCGCUAGCAGUGUCAGGCCAAGGCUCUGUAGAAGAGUUAGGAUUUAAUCGAUCUAAUCAUUUUGCGCAAGAUGAUCCUGUCACCCAAGAUGUUGUGAUCUCAUAUUUAGAAAUUGAAGAUACAGAAACUCCACAACCGUCACAGCCCUCAAAUAAUUUGUCUGCAAGGCAAACACCCCUUCCGCUUGUGCCGACUCCACUUUCGGCUCAUGGACGGCAGCCUAUUGCGCCAUCCCCGCUAGCCCCAGUAGCGCUAUCCCCGCCAGCCCCGGCAGCUCUAUCCCCGCCAGCUUCACCAGCGCCCUCUACUCCGAGGCGAAGGCGACCAACUGUUCCCCGCGCGUCAGCUAUUACUCCGCCAGCCAGGCGUCGUCCUCGCUUGGGUCGCAGGUCGCCGGCGUCACCGCAGUCUGCUGCUUCUCCCGACCGCCCCCGCUUGCGCGCCCGCCGUAGAUUUGCACCGACCCCUUUUGAGAGAGCGGCAAGCGAAUUUACAGCCGUUGAAGUACGACGCCUGGAGCUGGAGGAAGCCAGGAGUAGGCGGCAACACGAGCGCGACUUGCGAGCGUUGGAGGUCGAGCACGAGCGAAACCAAGUUUUCAGCUCCUUGGUACAAGUUGCUCAGGCUUGGCUUGAUUAUUAUCGCAGUAGGGACAACACAGAACCGGUGAACACUGCGUAGUUCAGCAAUUGUCUUGUCCCUAUUUCUAAAAUAAUUAAAUGCUUAUCGCUGAAGCCUUAGCAUUCUGCAUCGCAUACUAGUGCAAGGGUCAUACUAAGAGCCUUGCACAAGUAUGAGAUGCAGAAUAUGUUUAUGCAAUAUGUUAAAAUUGUAACUUUGAGACUUUUUAUUUUUAUUUUUAAGUUUUGAAAAUAUUUACUUAAUUAAUUAAUACUUGGAGCACCAAAGCAGAUCACCUAGGUGAUAUCUGUACACCACCGAGGUGCUUUGCUGCUGCUGUGUUCUGUGAGGGACAGGUGUAACAGGAGUACAGAAAGUUUAGUUUUAGUUUAUACAGCUUGAUUACCUGAUUAUAGACUAGUGAGUUGAGGCUUGCCUAGAGCCCAACAGUUGAAAUAAAAGGCUGAUUAAUAUAAUUGUUGUAAAGAUUAAAAUUUUAUAGAGUUUAUUUAAUGAAUAAGUCUAUUCGAUAUAGCUUGAUUACCUGAUUAUAGACUAGUGAGUUGAGGCUUGCCUAGAGCCCAACAGUUGAAAUAAAAGGCUAAUUAAUAUAAUUGUUGUAAAGAUUAAAAUUUUAUAGAGUUUAUCUAGUGAAUAAGUCUAUUAGAUAUAGCUUGGUUACCUGAUUAUAGACUAGUGAGUUGAGGCUUGCCUAGAGCCCAACAAUUGAAAUAAAAGGCUGAUUAAUGUA